CACAGACUGAGCACAAGCCCGACGAUAACUGAGUCAGGAUGGCAGGGGACUUGGGGAUCUAUAUAUGUGGCUUGCUCUUUGCAAGUGUUUUUAUUGCCGCUUUUCCAGCUGCCCAGAUCACCCUAGGUGCAGUGUACAUCUUUGAGUGUCCAGCAGCACCAGGUAUCCCGGUGUAUGUGAUGGUGUGUGGGAUAUCAGCCCUGCUGGUGAUAGGCCUGCUUGCUUUGCCAAAGCUCCUCUGUCCAGCAGCGCCACGCAGUACCCUUUGGACUGUGUGCAUCAUCAGCCUGCUCCUGUUUGUCUUCAUCUGGUUCCUCUAUGGAAGUGUCCAGAUUUAUUCAGUGUAUCCACCCAACUAUGAGAAGAACAUUACCAACCCAGGCAAAAUCAACAACAGUGUCUACGAUUCACCUGCACCUGACAACAAGCUCGACCUCCCACUGGAGAACCAGAGCCUUCCAAACCUGAACCACACCCGGAUCAUCCAUAACAACCUGACCGUGAGGAAGCUGAUUCAAACUUUGUCCCUCGGCAACAUCAGCAAUAAGACAAACAGAGAGCACCUGGCUGCUUCACAGGCACAACAUGUCAUUUCGUCAGAGGCCUACUGUGACAAAACGGUGUAUCUUUUUGCUUUCUGGACCACAACACUGGUUUAUAUCCUGGUAGGACAUGCCCUGGUGAUUAGCUUUUGUAUAUGUGGUUUCAUGAAAAUUACAGAUUUAUUCACAAAGUAUUUAACUGCCUGAACUGAGCGAGAUAUAAUGCUAUUUCAGACACUUUUUACUGUCACAUCACAAAAACAACAAAGCUCAUUAAUAAGAGCUCAGGGUGCCUGGAACACCCUGCCUGUGGAAAUAUGGCAGACUGUCAGUAGCCUCCUUUGAUUCAGAGCUUGAAACAUUUUUCACUGCUUUCACCCAAUUCUAGUUUUAAGAUGUGAUGGUUGCUUGCAAUUUUAGAGUUUUUAUUCCUUACAUUUUUCUGCUCUGUUAUUAUUGUUCUUUCUAACUUUGUUUGAGAAGUGUUUUAUAAAUGAUUAUCAUUAUUAUAAUUAAUAACUGUAAGGGCUACAUAGCAAUGGCAAACAGAAAAUCAGAGCCCAUCAGAGGAUCAGUCGAUGACUGACUUU